UUAACUAAACCUUUGUUUGAAAACAAAAUAAAAUAUAGUAGCAUAAAAAUUAAAUCUAAAUUCUUCUUAGACAUGACAAAAUAAUUUGUUGACGUGCAUAAAUUUUAGAACCACAUUUACGAUGUCGAUAUCUAAAGAUUGGUCCCGGGCUGAGCCUUACAUUCCGAGGGAUAAUAUUAGAACCGAAGCAGGCCAAAGAACUCAAACACCCUUUAAGCCGUCCUUUGAAGAAGACGAAUGCCCCCCAUCGAUGGCCAUGAUAAUAGGUGGAGAAUAUGCAAGGAUUUGGCUGCGUGAUCGCGCUGCUUUUGUUAAAAAGCGCGAACGGGCCGUCAAACCUAAGUAUAUUAAAAACGAUUUCGAAUGGUGGUUAAAGUUGCGAAAAACUACAAAAAGCUUUUGUAAAAAGUAAUGUGCGAAGGAGCAAAAUUUAUAAAUAGUUUUAUAUUUUUAAAAA